AUGAAUAAACCACCACGAAAAAGCUAUAUCAAAUAUAGUACCAAAGUAAACUUUUCAUAUCCUGUGGGUCAAUAUUCAUUUCAAAUUGGUCGUUUAGGAAUAGAAGAUUCUUACAUAACUGGUACACUCCAUCUUCAAUUCGAUCAAGACGAACCAUUGUUCGCCAAGAAAAUUAUUUUAAAAUUCAUUGGCAAUGAAAACGUAUCUUGGACUGAACGUAGAACUAAUAGUGCUGCUAAUAAGAGGGAACACACUGCAAGUGUAACAUAUUCAGCAAACAAUGUUUUAUGUUGUCUAACUACAUGUUUGUUGGAAACUUCAAACGAUUCUUAUCAAAAAAUAUUAAACAUGGAUUUCCCAUUCAAAUUCAAAUUACCAGAAAAUAUUCCUUCGUCUUUAAAUGCGGGAGCCGGUAAUGUUGACUAUAUGCUUAUCGCAGAAAUAUCUCGAAAAAGAAACAUUUUGAAAUUCCAAAAGUCAAAGAAAAGGGUUUCUUGCUAUUGUAAUAUCUUAAAAUAUUAUUUACUCCCACCACCAAUUCCUAUAUAUUGGGUAGAAUAUGAUACCAAGAAAGCCAUCGAAUUAAAUGGUCUAGGUUAUGACAUUCGCAUGGAUGGUGAAAAUUUUGGACCAAGUAACCCAAUAAUUGUUUAUGCAAAAUUGAAACUAUAUAAUCCUAAAUUAAAGAUUAAAGAAAUAUUCGUUGGAUUAAAAAAAUAUUGUAGUUUUAAAGCUGAAGGUAAUACAAAUUCUGUAAAGGGAUAUGUAUUAAACGAACGAGUUGUUGGUGAUACAAUCACAUGGGAUAAUUAUAAUGAAUACUAUUGUGUUUUUACUUUAAACGUUCCUGAAGAUUUAACAAGAAUUGGACAGACAUUCAAACAUAAGCUUGUUUUUGUAACCUAUAAGAUUAAAAUGAAGAUUAAAAAAGUAGGGAUUUUUAAUAAGAAUAUUAAUUUAGAACAUAAUGUUAGAAUUGACCGCUUUUUGCCUGUAGAUUAUUAA